AUGGGAUUAAAGUAUACCAACUACUUUGACAAUUCCCAAUACACUUGCCCCGAUACCCACAUUUUUACCUGUAAAGGAUGCUCAAGUCACCUUUGUCUUUCCAAUUUGGUGUUGUCUGAUAAUUUUAAUGGUUCCAGUGGUCCGGCAUUGUUGGUUGAACAGUUGAUUAAUGUUGACAUUAGUCCCAUAACUGAAGAUACAUCAAUGCGCACUGGGUUGUACAAGAUUAACAAGGUUAAAUGCCAACAAUGUAAAAAGACUGUUGGCUGGAGAUAUAAGAAGAGUUAUAGUUAUAGUGAAAGCUACAAGGAAGGCAAGUUUGUUAUUGAAAAGAGUUAUAUAAAUAUGUCUAAAUGA